AUGGCCUACCUAACUACAAUUCUGAUACUAUUUUUCACCAUUUGGGUUCGUUCUGAAGUGUCUUCUGCUAGUAGUGUCUCGUGUAAAACUGGUACAAUCACAUUUCAUUAUAAUCCGGGUUUAACAUAUUCAACACGACGGACAAUCACAUUUGGUGUACAUGCUGUCUUUAAGAAUUGUCAAGUUGGUGCUACAAAAGAAGAUGUUACUAUCAGUUUUCCAGAGAUUAUCUUGGAAGAUUCAGUUUGUGGAGCUGCUCAAACAUCAAAUUAUCAAGCAGUUAUUAAAUAUUCUUCGUCGAAGAAAACAAGUGGUGUUUUUCUUCAACCACAUUCAACAUCAAGUAAAAUUGUAUUGAGUGGUACAAUUCAAACUGGAGUGUAUGUGAAUGAAAAGGUAACAUUGAACUUUAACAAGAAAACAACAAACAAAAAAGGUUCUUGCCAGAGUGACGGUGGUCUGACACAAGAAAAUGCACAAGCAACAUUAACUGUUGGAUGA